UUGCUUCGUAGUUUCUUUCCUCUUUCUUGAUCCUCAAGGUUUUAAAAAAAUAAAAAAACACGUCCAAAUCCAAAACUCCUUCGUGUUGUGUACUCUUACUACUCGUUCUUCACUAUAUAUAUAAACCGACUUCACACAUAACCCUAUCUAUUCUCUAUAUAAACUCACAAUUCACAUACUUUGAUACUCCAAUCUUUCAAAACAGACUUUCUCUCUAAAGACUCUGAUAAACCCUUUCUACAACAAAAAGACAUAUAUGGCGGUGAAGAGAUUCAUGGACGAAUCAGAUGACGCGGCUAAUUGUUUGAUGCUGCUUUCUAAAGUAGGUUUGAGUAGUACUCAUCAUACUAGUAGUUUUGAUACCGAACCUUCAUCAUCGGAAUCCGAUUAUUCCGAGGGGGCGGCCGUGGCAGGGUUCAUGGCGGUGGCGGGUCCGUCCGGGAGGGUUUUCGAGUGCAAGACGUGUAAGAAACAGUUUCCGACGUUUCAAGCUUUAGGCGGUCACCGGGCGAGUCAUAAGAAGCUUAAGCUUGUGGCGGAGCUUCUAACUCAGCCCAGUGACGCUGGCGGGGUCAUGAUGAUGAAGAAGAAGAAGAAGAAGAGGCACGCUUGCUCGAUUUGCGGGCUUGAGUUUCCACUAGGGCAAGCUUUAGGGGGACAUAUGAGAAGGCAUCGGGCCGAAUUGUCGGAACUUAAGGCUGAGAUUAGCGGUGAUGAUCAUAGUAGUGCUGCUGCGGAGCCGGAGCCCGAGACACCGGUGGGUCCGACAACGGUGCCGUUUCAACCGGCAGCCGUCGUCUUGAAGACGUCGAAUAGUCGGAGUGUUAGGGUUUUUGGGGUGGAUUUGAAGCAAGAGAUACUCAAGAGUAGUCCUGCGGCUCCCUUAGUAAAUUGUUUUAUUUAAUUAAUUCGAUGUUCGAUAGAUAUUCUCGCUAGAUAUAGUUGAAUUCCAUAUUCUGUACAUAAGAAUUUUGUUAAUGCUCUUCCUAUUUGGUUGAAUGGGAGGAUAUUGAGAUUCAUUUAUUCAUGGGUUAUUAAUUUGAGUGAAUUUUUAUACUUAUUAUUUAUUAUUCUUAUUUUUCUGGCUUCAUUUCUGGUGCUCUCUUGAUAACAUAUGCAUAUUGGACUUUGAAGUUAAUUGCUGUCUUCUACAUGGGAUGCGGAACAAGUUUUUAUUCAAUUUGGUAUCAGAAACUAACGUACAUUUAACAUUGUCCAUAUUCAGAAACUAGCUAGUA